AUGGCUUCUCACAUCGCUUCUAUGGCCGAGACUGCCGCAGCGAAGUUUGCUACCCAACCGGACCUCAAGGGCAAGUCGUUCGCCGACACUGAACUCGCGGUCAACAACAGCAACUUUAUCAAGACGUAUCCGGUUCUGGUCGGCGAGAAGGGCAAGCUGCAUUUGAUGCCGAGGAGGGGGAUCGCGAUCAUUUGUUGCAUGGACGCCCGCCUCGACCCAAACGCCAUGACCGGCCUCGAAGUCGGCGACGCCCACAUCAUCCGGAACGGCGGUGGACGGGCGGCGGAUGCGUUGAGGAGCUUGAUUGGGUCGCAGGAAGCCCUCCAGACACGCGAGAUUAUCCUCAUCCACCACGAAGACUGUGGCUAUUCGCACGCCAGCACGCCCGUGAUCCAAGCGACGCUCAAGCACCGUACGCCCGAGUCUGCGCACGCUCUGAUCGAUGCGCUCGCGCUUCAAGAGUUCAAGGAGGACAGCAAGCACACGAGCGUCAAGGCCGACGUCGAGUACCUCCGCAACCACCCGCUGAUCCAUCCCGACUCGAAGGACAAGAUCAGCGGAUGGUGGUACUCGGUCAAGAAUGGCGAGCUCAAGCGUGUGUGCUGA